AUGGAUAGAGUGUUAGCUUGGAAUGUUAGGGGUCUGAACUCCACACAGAAACAGGAUGAGGUCAAGCAUUUCAUUCAGAAGUAUGCUGUGGGUUUAGUUGGGCUCCUAGAACAUAAGGUAAAGCUCUCAAAUCUUUGGAGGCUUUAUCAAAGAGUUUUUGCAAAUUGGUGUUUUUCUAGCAACUCUAGCUUUCAUGAUGGAGGAAGAAUUGUGAUUGCAUGGAAGCCUGGAUGUUUUAAUGUGAAUAUAGUGGCUGCUUCUAGUCAAUUUGUGCAUUGCCAUGUUACUCCAGUCAGUGGCAUGCAUAGCUUUUAUUGCACUUUUGUUUAUGCUUUUAAUAAUCCUAAUUUGAGACAGGAGUUGUGGAGGGAUUUAGGAUUACUUAACACUCAGGAUCCAUGGAUUCUGUGUGGUGAUUUUAAUAGUGUGAUGGCAGUUGAUGAAAGAAUUGGGGCCCCUGUCAGACAGAGUGAUAUUGUUGAUAUAAGUAAUUUCUUUCACAACUGUGGAAUGGAGGAUAUCAAAAGUGUGGGGAAUUUCUUCACAUGGAAUAACAAGCAGCAAGGCACUAAUAGGGUUUUCUCAAAAAUAGACAGAUUCAUGGCCAAUCAAGCAUGGCAAGGAAUCUUUCCAGCUGCUGAAGUUUGCUUCAUGCCAGAAGGUCAUUUUGAUCACUCACCUGGUCUUUUGACAGUGUACCCUAGGAGUGAUGGAGGAAGGAAGCCAUUCAAGUACUUUACAAUGUGGAAGAGUUCUCUUGUGUUUUCUGAAACUGUCAAGAAGGCUUGGAGUAGUCACAUAGAUGGAAGUAAAAUGUUCAGAUUGGUUUGCAAACUUAAGAAAGUUAAGCAAGCCUUGAGAGAAUUGAACAAAGUUGGCUUUACUGAUGUUCAAGCUGCAGAUAUAAAGGCCUAUCAGGAAAUGGUGAAUGCUCAAAGUUCAUUACAUAUCAAUCCUACUGAUGCAAGUGUAGCUGAUGCUGAGCUGAAAGCUAUACAAGAUUAUAAAGAAAAACAUAAGGCAUACUUGGCAUUCUUAAGUCAAAAAGCUAAAGUUAAUUGGCUUAAAGAUGGAGAUGAAAAUACUGCUCUAUUUCAUCAAAGCUAG